UAUGGGUUCCAAACCUUAUUCAUUCUCUGCUUUUGCCUUCUUCCUCUCCUUCAAUCUUAUCUUCUCCACGCUCAUCACAACACCUUCUGCUACAGAUUCACCCUCCAACCCACCACCCAUUCUUCCACCUCUAACUCCGGCAGCGUCUCCUACCGCCGAUGGAGAACCCGUUCUUCCUCCUCUAACUCCGCCACCGUCUCCUGGCGCGGGUGAAAAAUGUGGUGAAGAUGGUAUUAAGAUAAGCAUGUGCGCAAUGUUGCUGGACUGGGAUUUGCUCAAAGUGAUUGUUGGGGGUGGAGCACCUGUAGCACCGUGUUGCAGCCUCAUGGAAGGCCUUGCUGACUAUGAAGCCGCUGCCUGCCUUUGCGCCGCCAUCAAGGCCAGCGUCUUGGGCGAUGGUAUUGUGGAUAUACCAAUUUCAUUCACUUUGCUCCUUAUUAAUUGUGGUGGAAAACAAGCACAUGGUUUCAAGUGUUCUUGAAUUCAUUCACAUUUUUAUUUCCUUUUAAUGUUAUUUUCAUGUUGUUGGGGUCUAUUUUUCUUACCUUAAUCUU